UGAUCUCUGGUCAGUGCGGAAGGGAAGUUUAACUAGUCUACGUUCUAACUAAGGUGCUUCCAGGCGCACGUCGUUUUAUCAGAUAGAUUGUCUUUACUUUGCAUAGACCCACAGAGGCUUCGCGAUUCAUUUAUCAUUAUGUCAUCUUUGCUUUAACUCACCCGCACCUGGCGUCGAUCAUUGCGCGCUCUCUUCUUUCGGCUUAUAUAGGCUACUCUGAAAAUGAGUGACCCGAGAACAAACUGUUUAAAAACAGCACUUCAGUUGACUUCUCAACUAAUGUUGGCAGUGGGGAUACUGGUGUGGCUGAAUGGAGUUUACCUGCUGAUAAAGUAUGGAGAGUAUAGCCGCUUUUUUUCAGAGUCCUACAUGACCCUGACAGUUUUGGUCACAGUCACUAGUGCUGCGUUGCUAUUGGUCACCGGAUGCGUCGGCUCCUGGGUGAGCCUCAAGGAUUCCAUCUGUCUACAGGGACUGUUUGUUUACCUCCUAGUUGUGGUCUUUUGUGUGAAAAGUACGGCUUCAGCACUGGCUUAUUUCCAUUCAGUGACGCUGGAUACAGAGAUGGCUCCCUUCAGUGGAGUGUUUGAGAAUUACACCGGCAGCAGCGAGGACUCCAAUUCUCGGUCUGUGGAUGCUAUGCAAGAGGAGCUCAAAUGUUGCGGUGUGAAGAACUACACGGACUGGCUGGAAACCACCUGGUUUAAUAAAAGUGGAAAGCUCAGGUUUCCUUACAGUUGCUGCAACGUUACUUUCCCCACUUGUAAUGGCACUGUUCACCAGCCAUGGCAAAUUUACACACAGGGCUGCCAUGAGGAGCUGUCGAAGGUCAUACAGUUUGCGCUGAAAAUGGUCAUGUGGAGCUCCCUAUUGGUUUAUGUGGUGGAGAUUGGGUUGUUUGUGAUGGUGAAACAGCUCAUGAGAACAAAUAGAUCUACGAGGUACCAAGUACUGGAGAAAAACUAAAGAUACUCUAAUG